UGGAUGGCGUGGUUUCGUUGUUUACGUUUUUUUGGCGCCAGUUAAGCUUAUUUUAGCUCUUUUUAGUUUUGAGCUUUCUAAAACCAAAAUCUUGAUUAUUCUUUUUUAAUUUCAAGUGGGAACAAAGUUACUAAGUUAAAAAACCAGAAGAUGGUUCCUGGAAUUUCAAAACCAAAUUACGACAAUUGCAUUGUUACAAGACAUGAGGAAUCAGAUUCAGAAGAUGACGAUGUUAAUGUAUCCUCUGAACAAGGUUCUGUUCAAACAGAAGAACAAAUUACUGCAAAGAUAAUCGAGGCUGUGAAUUUAACACCAGCACAAACUUUUAAGUUUAUGUUUGGGACUAUUAUGGAGCUUACACGGAGUUUAACUGAUUUAACGGCAGAUGAUAAUGUUAAGAAAAAUUUCCGGAGGAGAUUAGAUAACUUACUCACGUGUUUAAUUAAAACUCAGCAAUUAUUUGGGGUUAAAAACUGUAAUUUUGACGCAUCCCAGUUUUUUGACUCUGAAAACCAUGAAUCGCAAAGGGAAAUGGGAGAAUCAACACAUGAAGCCCCACAUGAUUCGUUAGAUGUGGAGACGGUGGCGAGAACCCCUUGCCGGGACACAGCGAGUUCAAGUGGGGUCGUCAUGUCCAAACAUACAAAAAGUGAAAAAGUACUUCGAAGGCAAACAUUGGGGGCACCAAGGGAAGUUCGCAGGUCACAACGACUCAAAAACACUGAAGGGAAAGAACCGGUACAUUUAGACAGAAUGGUCUACAUCCAGAAAAAAAUUAAAGACACCCUCGAGGAUUCCCAAUUGGAACCUGAAAAACCCCAACGUCCACGUAAAAGGAAGACACAGAGUUUGGAUGGAGUACCAACGAAAAAAGCAAAAAUGAAUCAAUCUCAAGGAAACAACACUUUUGCAGUGUCUACUAAAUCUAAGCCACGAUUACGUCAGUCAAACAAAAAUGCAGACAAAGUAAAAACUCCCAAAGGACAAGCAAAAUGUUCGAGUGCUUUUGAAAGAGUGAAUUCUACUUCCAAUGAAAGUUUAGGCUCUGUUUCUUCCAACACGAGUUCUAGCAGAAUUACGAGAAAGUUAUAUUCUCCUGUUGUGUGGCUGGAAUAUUUGAAGCAACAUUACAAGCUUUAAGUAUACAAUUAUAAGAAAAAAUAUAUAAAUAAUUUUAAAUUUUAUUAAUAUGAGAAAAAUAAAUUUAUUUUCUUUUGAAUAAAGCCGGUUUUAUAUUGUCAAAAUGGCAUUAGUUAGAAGUUGCAGUAGUUAUAAAUCC